AUGAAGAUCACCACCAACCUCCUCCGCCUCACCACUGCAGCGAUGGGCCUGCUCGCCGUAGUCAACGCGCAGAACUCAUCCACGGUCGGGCCCGAGACAGGCUCCCUCGUCAUCGUGGGCGGUGGCACCCUCAGCGACAACAUCUACCAGCGCGUCAUCGACCUCGCCGGCGGCAGCGACGCCCCCAUCGUGGUGAUCCCCACGGCCGACGGCGCCGAGUCCUACGACCAGGACGCGGCGGGCGCGGCGGCGUUCCGGCGCCUCGGCGUCAAGAACGUCACGGUGCUGCACACGUACGACCCGCAGGUGGCGGACACGGAGGAGUUCGUACGGCCGCUGCUGGAUGCGCGGGGCGUGUGGUUCGGCGGCGGGCGGCAGUGGCGCCUCGUCGAUGCGUACGCGGGCACGCGGACUGAAGCCGAAUUUGCAGCGGUCCUGAGCCGCGGCGGCGUCAUCGGGGGGUCCAGUGCAGGCGCCAGCAUCCAGGGGAGCUUCCUUGCGCGCGGCGACACUGCCAACAACCAGGUUAUGGUCGGAGAUCAUCAGGUUGGGUUUGGUUAUAUCAAGAACACGGCUAUCGACCAGCAUGUGCUCGUACGCAACCGCGUGUUCGACAUGUUUGACAUCCUCAAGGUCAGGCCUGAGCUGCUUGGCUUUGGGAUCGACGAGAACACGGCGCUGGUUGUUUCCGGGAAUGAUGCUGAGGUGAUUGGGGCGAGCUAUAUUGCUGUCUACGAUGGGGGAUUUUGGUCGCGAGAGGGGAGUGAUUUGAAGAAUCUGCCUGAUUCUUCGGCUAUAUUUUACUAUCUGAGAAAUGGAGAUCGAUACGACCUGGCGGCGCGAAAGGUGGUGGAAUGA